AUGUUAAAUAGAUAUCAAGAUGCAAUGGCUAUUGUAAGGCAAUUUGGUAAACCAGAUUAUUUCAUUACAAUGACAUGUAACCCAAAAUGGCCUGAAAUAUUACAGUCUAUUAAACCAAAUGAACGAGCUGAAGAUAGACCUGACAUUGUUGUUCGCAUUUUUGCCGGUAAAGUUUCAGAACUUAAGAGACUAAUAAUGAAAAAACAAAUAUUUGGCCCUGUUAUAUCAUUGAUUCAUGUUAUUGAGUUUCAAAAGCGUGGGUUACCUCAUGUACAUCUUUUACUUAAAGUAGCUGAAAGUCACAUUCCUAGAGAACCAGAAAAAAUUGAUAAAGUUGUAUGUGCUGAAAUUCCAUGUCCACAACAACAUCCCCUUUUAUAUUCUUUAGUUAAAGCCCACAUGAUCCAUGGUCCGUGUGGUAAAUUCAAUGUGAAUAGCCAAUGUAUGAAAGACAACAAAUGUAUAAAAAACUUUCCAAAACCAUUCCAAGAAUCAACUGAUACCGAUGGUACAGGUUUUCCUCUUUACCGCCGAAGAAACAAUGGACGAUCAAUAUUAUUGAGAAACGGAACUAUUGAAGUAAACAACGCAUUUGUUGUCCCUUAUAAUGUUUUUCUUUUACAAUAUUUUCGUUGUCAUAUUAAUGUUGAAAUUUGUUGCACAGUCCAAGCAACAAAAUAUUUGCACAAAUAUUUAUACAAAGGUUAUGAUCAGUCUAACUUCCAAUUAACAGAAAAUGGUGAUCGUAUUGAUUAUGAUGAGAUAGCAAAUUUUUUGAAGUCACGUUUUGUUGGAUCAACUGAAGCUGCUUACAGACUAUUUGCUCUCCCAUUGCACUAUAAUUCUCAUGCUGUUGAGGAUUUACCUGUUCAUUUACCCCAUGAAAACUUUGUAACAUUCUCAGAAGACAAUGCACUUGAUGUGGCUGCAUCUGAGGCAGUCCGAAAAACUAAGUUAACUGCCUGGUUUGAACUCAAUCGCGAGGAAGAAAUUGAGUUCGUGUCUCCAAGGCAACAAGAACGAUACGCAUUACGCUUACUUUUAUUAAGAGUCCCAUCUGCUAAAUCUUUUGAAGAUCUCCGAACACAUGAAGAAACUGUUUGGCCAACAUUCAUGGAAGCUGCUCGAGCCCGAGGCUUAGUUGAUGACGAUUCAGAGUGGUGUCGUUGCUUAGACGAAAUGUCGAAUUUCGCUUUUGCUUCACAACUCAGAGAAACUUUCGCUUAUAUUUUAUUAUUUUCGUGUCCAAGUAAUGCUAAAGAUUUGUUCGAAAAAUUUUCUAUCGCUCUAUCAGAAGACUUUUGUCGGGAUUUCUCUGUCGAAGUAGCCAGGAAUAAAGCUCUUAUUGCCAUACAACAAAUUUUAGACGUUCAUCAAAAGAAGUUAGUUGAUUAUGGAUUACCUACAGUUGAUUGUGAAAGAGUGAUUUAUCCUCAAUUCACUGAUCCUGAAAGAAUGGCUGCUUCAUCUAAUUCCGACAGAAUUGCUUCCAUUGCAAAUUCAGAACAGAAACUCAUAAUUGAUCACGUAAAAUCAAUUGUUUUCGACGUACAUGUUGCUGAUAGAAUAAUCUUCAUCGAUGGUGCUGGGGGUACAGGUAAAACUUUCAUUUAUAACUGUUUAAUUGAUUGGAUGGUAGGAUUAAAUGAAACUGUAAUUCCUGUAGCAUGGACUGGAAUGGCUGCUACUUUACUCAAAGGAGGGAGAACAUCACAUUCAAGAUUCGGGUUACCACUGACAUUUCUUGAAACUUCAGUUUCCAAAAUCUCUGUUCAAUCCAAAGAAGCUGAACUACUGCGAAAAGCUAAGUUAUUCAUAUGGGAUGAAGCUUCAAUGAUACCAGUGAGAGCUCUGAGUGUUGUCGAUAGUUUACUCAGAGAUAUAAUGCAAAUUCAAUUACCAUUUGGUGGGAAAACCUUUGUAUUUGGUGGUGAUUUCAGGCAAAUUUUGCCAGUAGUUCCAAAUGGUGGUAAAAUCGAAACAGUCAACAACUGUAUCAAAAAAUCGCCACUUUGGCAGCAUUUUAAAGUCAUGAAAUUGACCGUUAACAUGAGAGCUUCAAGAAGCUCACAAGCAUUUCGAGACUUACUUCUAAGUAUUGGUGAUGGAGAAUACCCAAAUAUAAAUGGUGUAGUUUUAUUGCCAAACGACUUGAUUAUGCCUGAAAAUGCAGAUAUCGUCAAAGAAAUUUUUGGAACGAAUGUUAAUGAAAUUAUAAAAGACCCUGACUCUUUUUCAUCACGAUCAAUUCUUUGUCCAAAAAAUAUACACUGUGAUGAAAUCAAUCAUCGAAUUCUCAAUAUGCUUGAUGGUCAAUCCAAAGUCUAUUUUAGCCUAAACACAAUCCAAGACGACAAUAACAAUUUAGAGUUUCAUUAUCCAACGGAAUUUUUAGAUAAUCUACAGAUUUCUGGUUUACCUCCGCAUAAACUUGAGCUUAAAAACGGUGCAAUUGUAAUGCUUUUGAGAAAUCUUAAUCUGGAUAACGGCUUGACAAAUGGGACUAGAUUGAGUGUUGUAGAAAUGUAUGAAAGAAGUUUAAAAUGUCGUAUUCUAACAGGUACUAAUUCGGGCAAUAUUGUAUUUUUACCAAAAAUCGAUUUAAUACCGUCAGAUACACGAUUACCAUUUUCAUUCAAAAGAAAGCAGUUUCCAGUUAAGUUAGCAUUUGCUGUCACUAUCAAUAAAGCACAAGGCCAGUCUCUAUCCAAAGUUGGUAUUUAUCUACCAUCUCCGGUAUUUUCUCAUGGACAAUUAUAUGUUGCAAUGUCUAGAGUAUCAGAAGCCAAUGAUCUCAAAAUACGAAUAGAAACUUUAACGCAAUCUCGGCUACGUAACAUAACUAGAAACAUUGUCUACAAAGAAAUUUUGACUAAUUGA